GCGCCGCGCACGUACCGCCCGCGCCCCGCAACUUACGCGCUCCAGUGACAAACUCGAAACAUGUGCUAAGUGACUCCACCAUGAAGGGACGACACCAAUUCCGACGCAGGUUCAGCUUGCAACCAUCCUUCUUAAAGGAAGAACACGAAGACGAACGAAGGCCCCACAGGACCGAGCGAACAGAAGAGACAGUCGCCAGUAGUACCACCCUCACCAACAAUGCAGUGCGCCACAAAAUAGUAGUCCUAGGUGCCGCUAAAGUCGGCAAAUCCUCGCUCAUAACACAAUUCCUCUACAACACAUUCUCCCCCAAGUACAAAAGAACGAUCGAAGAAAUGCAUCACGGAGACUUCAACGUCGCUGGCGUCAGAUUGACAUUAGACAUAUUAGACACAUCUGGGGCUUACGAAUUCCCUGCCAUGAGAGCUUUGUCCAUGCAGUCGGCGGAUGCCUUUAUUCUAGUAUACGAUAUCACGGAUCCUGACAGCUUCGCUGAGGUGCGGACGUUACGGGAUCAGAUUCACGAGACAAAAGCCAGUACGGCCGUGCCAAUAGUGGUAGUGGGAAACAAAGUGGACUUGGCAGAGACAGGAGCGAGACAGGUCGAUUUCCACACAACCGAGUCCGUAGUAACCGUCGACUGGGAGAACGGUUUCGUGGAAGCAUCAGCCAAAGACAACAUGAACGUCUCCCAGAUCUUCAAGGAGCUGUUGGUCCAGGCCAAAGUGAAGUACAACCUGUCGCCGGCGCUGCGUCGGCGCAGGCGACAGUCUCUGCCCACCGGGCCGCAGGGGACGCCCCCCGCCACCGCCCCCCAUGUCCCCUCGCCCGCGCAGCUCGCCCACCUUCAACAGAUUAGGGAACGGCACGCCAACAGCAAACGCAACUCUUGCGUCAUUUCUUAAAGGUGAUCGGUAGAUUGUCGAUUUUUAAACAAUGUGUGGUUAUUUAUUUGACAAAAAUAAACUUCUAUUGCAGUCCGUAUUAAUCUCAUAGAUAAGUAGUUCGUGGCAUUCACAAAGAUGCUCCAAACUCCUCUUCGGAAUUUUUUUGUGCCUGCGACAUUUUGAGCCAUUUAGUAGUCCUGUCGACAUACAUUAUUUGCGAGCAGCUAUAUGAUCUAAUAAAUGUGUAUUAGACUGAACUAAUGCAAAUGAAUGGAAUGCGCUCCCAAAAUCGGUGUUCUCAGAAAAAUACGACCUCGGUCUCUUUAAAGCAAGAGUGAAUAGUCUAUUACUGAAUCGGUGAGCUCCGUCUCAG